GCCCUCUUCCUUGAGCCUGCGUGGCUACUUGCAGGAGUACUCCUGGAUACCAUCCGUUCUGCUGUUGACUCUUUGCGGUCUGCACUUGAGGGGGUGCGGGACGGGGAAGGUGGAUGGGUGAAGCGCAGGAUCCCGCGAGUGAUCCACCAGAUAUGGGUUGGUCCCAAGGAGCCACCGUGCCUUUGGCUGGACACAUUUCGUGCGGACUUCAUCGAGGCUCAUCCAGACUGGCGCUAUGAACUCUGGAGUGAUGAGAGGGUAGCCAAGCUGCCGAUGUUUAACGAGAAGAUUUACAUGGAGGAGAAAAUGUGGCAAUGCAAGGCCGACAUUCUGCGCUUGGAGUUCCUGUGGCAUCAUGGGGGCGUCUAUGUUGAUGCAGACAUGAUCUCUGUUGGGAAGAAGUCCUUGAAUCCAAUUAUCGAGCUUGGCAAGGAGACCGGCUGGGUCAUUGCUUACGAGCCGGACACCAAAGACAAGCCAUACUCCAUCCUGGGUAAUUCAGUCAUCGCCUGCACGCCGCAUCACCCCCUGACUUUGAUGCUCAUCCUUUUCCUCAAACAGACAUUCUAUCAGAAGCGCAAUCACAUCGAAGUUUUCGCCGUGACAGGUCCGGUCAUGUACACCAAGUGCCUCGUGGACAGCGACAUGCCGAUCUCCAUCGCUGCACAGGAGCUGCUCUAUCCAGCCUUCCACUUUGUCCCGAAUCCCGAUGCUAUCGACUUCAACCGAUUUCCCAGGUGCCUUAUGUUCCAGUUUGGCUACACAUGCUCUGGUUUGGAGGGCUACGUGAAGCGCCGCAACCGCUGCAAAAGGCCUUCUGACUGCCCCUUCCACGCCAAGACGCCGCACAUGGGAGCCUUCCGCGCGCUGCCACAGGCUUCGGAUGCGCAGCUGUACGGCCAGGUGCCCAUCGCCUUGGCCCACAUGGAGGAUCUUCUAUCCAUGUCCAAUCCUGCUGAUGGAAGUUAUCCACUCGAGGAGGGCACGGCAUUCUUCCUUUUCGAUGGCGAGUUGGUGCAACUCGUUGACCUUCGCCAGCGUCUUCCAGGCUUUAUCGAUCGUCUUAGCCACCAGCCCUGGGAUAUACUCAUGCUGGGAAUGGAGUGGUCGACCGGUGCUGACGAGAUCGUCCUCUUCAACGUUCCGCCCGGAGGACGGCCGCGGAACUCCAACUGCCUAGCCGUGCUCGUGAAUGUCGCCGGAACUCGAAACAUGCAGGCGCUUCGCCCGGCGCUGCAGCGGUGUGUCACUGAGACGGGCUUCGAUCCGUCGCCGCUUUUCGGUGCCGCAAACCAGCUGAAAUUGUGGUUUGCAGCCCAGAAAUACCCGGGAACGCUCGAAGAGGCUCGGAUCUGGAAGAGCGUGCCGCAAGUUCGCAAUGUCUUCCAGCAGUUGGCCAAGCAUGAGCCACCUAUCCACUGCCAAACCUACGAGGUGCAUGGGAACCUUUUGAAGGGCAUGCAGGACGGCCGCAUGGUCUUCGAGAUGGUACUGGAGCCCAACGGCGGCAUCCAGUUUCGAGCCUGGAAUGAUGAUAGCUCGCCAAACUGUGAAAUGAAGACCGGGCCGGGAAAAGUUGAAUGGAUGAAGGUCUUUUACAACCACCAGAUCUGCUUCGAAGCUCAGAACAAGCCGCUGUGA